ACCACACUGACACUACCACAUCCCAACUUCAUUAAAUCUUUCACUAUAACCCCUCAAUGGAGCUCAUCACCCCCUCUUGGGCCUCCUACUUCGCAGCGUGGCUAGCCACUGUUGCCCUCGUCCUCCUGUCCCGCCGACUCCGUAAACCGAAACUCAAACUCCCUCCGGGGCCAAAACCAUGGCCUAUCAUUGGAAACCUCAACCUUAUCGGUCCACUUCCGCACCGGUCCAUCCACGAGCUGUCGCAGAAAUAUGGGGCCAUUAUGCAUCUCAAAUUUGGGUCAUUCCCUGUUGUGGUGGGCUCUUCUGUUGAGAUGGCGAAAACCAUCCUCAAAACUGAUGACGUCCACUUCGCUGGCCGGCCCAAAAUAGCCGCCGGCAAAUACACCACCUACAAUUAUUCUGAUAUCACUUGGUCACCUUACGGUCCUUACUGGCGCCAGGCUCGCAAAAUGUGCUUGAUGGAGCUGUUUAGCGCUAAACGCCUUGAAUCUUACGAGUACAUAAGGGUGGAAGAGAUGAAAUUGUUGCUUAAAGGGCUGCAGAAGUCAGCUGGGAAGAGUAUUUUGUUGAAGGACUAUCUUUCGGACGUGAGUUUGAACGUGAUUAGUCGCAUGGUGUUGGGGAAAAAAUACACAGACAAGCAUGAAGAGAACGAGAUUGUGACGCCACAAGAGUUUAAGGAAAUGCUUGAUGAGUUGUUCUUGCUCAAUGGGGUGUUGGAUAUCGGGGACUCGAUUCCCUGGCUCGCGUUCUUGGACUUGCAGGGUUACAGAAAGAGAAUGAAGGCUUUGGCGAAAAAGUUUGACAGGUUUUUGGAGCAUGUUUUGGAUGUACAUAACGCGAGGAGGAAAGGUGUGGAGAAUUAUGUUGCGAGAGACAUGGUUGAUGUCCUGUUGCAGCUCGCCGAUGAUCCCAAUCUCGAGGUUAAGCUCGAAAGACAUGGCGUCAAAGCUUUUACUCAGGACUUGAUAGCUGGAGGUACUGAGAGCUCAGCAGUGACAGUGGAAUGGGCCAUCUCUGAGCUAAUAAAGAAACCAGAGAUAUUCGCCAAGGCAACAGAAGAAUUAGACAGAGUGAUCGGAAGAGAAAGAUGGGUUGAAGAGAAAGACAUCGUUAACCUACCGUUUAUCGACGCCAUCGUCAAAGAGACUAUGCGUCUGCACCCGGUGGCACCAUUGCUAGUCCCCCGAAUGACUAGACAAGACGUCAAAGUCGCCGGCUAUGACAUCCCCAAAGACACGCGUGCCCUGGUCAGUGUGUGGACGAUCGGAAGAGAUCCAGAAUUGUGGGAGAACCCGAAUGAAUUUUACCCUGAGAGAUUCAUUGGGAAGUCAAUUGAUGUGAAAGGUCAUGACUUUGAAUUAUUGCCAUUUGGAGCCGGAAGGAGGAUGUGUCCAGGGUACAGUCUAGGACUCAAAGUGAUUCAAUCAAGUUUGGCUAAUCUUCUGCAUGGAUUUGCAUGGAAAUUGCCUGGAAACAUGACCAAAGAAGAUCUAAACAUGGAGGAAAUUUUCGGGCUCUCAACUCCAAGAAAAUUCCCACUUGAAGCUGUUGUUGAACAGAGGCUUGCACCCCAUCUUUACGCUAUGUAAUUUAACUAUGUUAUGGCUUAAUUAGAUUGCCUUAAUCUAUAGAGUAAGAGCAAUUUCAAUAAGGGCUUAAUGGUGAGAGUGUAAUGUGAGUGGAUAAAUUCUGUCACAUCUUGAUUAAUGUAUGCAUAACAGUA